ACUUGCUACAAUGACCCUCAACAAUCUGAUAAGACUAUCCGAGGCCAAGUUCCGUCCCGAGAUGACCCUCACCCGUACUCUCUUCGCACCACCACCACUUCCUGCCACAAACCUGUGGCCCUUGUUUUGGCCAUGCAGUCUAUGCCACAACUGCUUAGGCAAUCACUCCGAUCAAGCCUCCAAUUCACAACCACCUCCUCCCCAGUGCGAGCGCACUUCCGCCCUGCAUUCUCCGUCAACAGACCGACUCCGCGGAGCUUCUCCGCCUGCAUACAAUGCCAAUUCCGCCGAUCGCCGAGCACAUAUUUGGCCUAUAGUGACCGAGAAAAGUUCUCCGCUGAUACCGAGAGGCUAAUCAGGGAAAAGGAGAAAGAACUCGCCGAGCAGGAGCUCGCUUCGCGCGACCCGGUCCCGAUCCCGGGUGUGGAGGCUGGUAGUUCUGUCGAUUCAGUCCCUCCUGCUACAGAGACCGAUCAGACCACCGCACAACCACAAACAAACCAGAGUGAUAAGGAACAGUCAGUUCCACAGGAGGAAGAUGUUAGUGCAGCUAGCGUGAGGAAAGGAGGCCUGCCCUCGUACUUGGAAAACCGUCGGUCAAAAUUAUCCAAGCAGUUCACCACAAUGAUGGACAAUUUGCAAUCGAAUGUGUUCGUUGCGGGCCAGCGUUUGAACGACUUGACUGGAUACUCCAGCAUUGAAGCAUUGAAGAACGAUAUCCAGUUCCACGAGGGCCGACUCCGCACUGCCCGAGUGAACGUCAAGAAAGCGAAAGAAGAGUACGCCAAAGCGAUUAACCGCCGCUCAACCUCCCAACGCGAAGUAAACGAACUCCUCCAACGCAAGCACGCCUGGUCCUCAACAGACCUGGAGCGAUUCACCCUCCUCUACCGCAACGACCACACAAACGAGGUUGCUGAGACUGAGACCUCCCACGCUCUAUCGGCCUGCGAGCGCGAAGCUGAAGAGGCUGCUGCGCAACUGAGCAAGAGCAUCCUCUCGCGAUACCACGAGGAGCAAGUCUGGUCCGACAAGAUCCGCCGCAUGUCGACAUGGGGAACCUGGGGUUUGAUGGGCAUGAACGUCCUGCUAUUCCUUGUCUUCCAGAUCCUCGUGGAGCCGUGGCGUCGGAAGCGACUCGUCAAGGGCUUCGAGGAUAAGGUCGUUGAAGCGUUGGAGAAAGAGAAGGUCCUGAACCGGGCUAUGUUUGCCGAGAACGCCGUUUCGAUCUCGGCGCUGCCGAAUACCUCUAUCGUCCCCGAGGUUAUUGACUCUACCUCCGAGGACACACUUGAGACUACUCCUUCUCUUUUGAUUGAGCCAAAGCUUGCUACGACGGAGACAGAUGCGCCCAUCACAGGGUCCAUUGUCUCAGUGACCGAUGCUGAUGCCCCCCAGUCUCUCCAGACCCGUCUGUCAAACAUUUCUUCUCCAGUUCUGUCACUCGAGUACUGGAAGCAGGUGACUGGCGAGUUCUUCAGUAAUCGCAGCAUUGCUGUCUCCCAAUACGAUCUCACCACUGCGGUUCUCAAGAGUGCCGCAGCUGGUGCAGCUGUGACGGGCCUACUCUUCGCCCUGAUCAGAUCUCGGUAA